AUGCCAGUACCCAAUGUACGCCAAGUCGUGCCCGGCGCUGGUGUCAGCAUCGUCCUCAAGGCAGAUCAGCGCACCGGUCGCGAAGUCCAGGGCUUCGUCAAAGAUGUCCUGACAAGAGGUGACCAUCACCGCGGCAUCAAGGUCCGCCUGGUCGAUGGCCGGAUUGGCCGUGUGCAACGCAUGAGCGCUGGGCUGUCCACUGCUGGAAGUCAAGCCAGCGCUCACGAUGAUGGCUCGGCCACAUCGGACGGCGCUGGUAGCAUAGAACCAGCCAACCCACCACCGUCUGGUCGCUUCCCUUCGGGGCGGCGUGGUCAGUAUCGCGAUGUCCGUUUAGACGAACACCUCGAGGCACCGCCCGAGCAAGUUGAUCUCGGUGCCUACAUUGUGGCGCCGAAACGGAAAGGAAAAGGUCGUAAAUCAAAGCCAACCGCUAAUGAGAAUGAUGCAUCCGAGGCUGCCCCGAAUGCCGCUGUCGGGUCCGCGACGGCAGAAUUUGCUUCGGAAACCGUGACGUGCCCGGUAUGCAACGCAUUUGAGGGCGAUGAAGCUGCCGUUGCGCAUCAUGUUGCUGAGCAUUUCGAAUGA